CUAAUACUUAUAUAAAAGAAAUAUUGUUGAACUUUUUACAUAAAUAAUUCUUGAUACUGGUAAAUUAAUAAAGAAGGAAAUGAUACAUUUCAUAUGUAAAAUACAAUGAUCCUACUUUAUGUAAUUUCCCAAAAUAUAUAUUUUUCUAAAUAAAUAUUGUAGUACCGUUUGUGAAAAUAUUGAAAACAUUAUUCAAUAUAAUAAAUGACAAUCAGAAAUCAUUCGCAAAUGAAGUUAAGAUUCUAAAUGUGAUCCAAGUUGCAAAAAAGAAAUAUAAGUUGAUUAACAAUAAAUUUAAAGUAAGGAAAGUUGGUUCUUGAAUUUAAAUUAAUAUAACAAGUUAGGAUUUAAAUUUAAAAAUAUUGCGAUUUUCUUAGAUUAUUGGUGAAUAUUUUGAAAGAAUUAUUUUAUUCAUAAAUUUCAAAUUUCACGUGUAAUUAUUUCAAUUUGAAAGUAACUUUUUUAUACAGGUUUUGUACAAAACACUUGUAUCAUAUGUUCUUACAAAAUUCACAAUAAAAAGAAUUGUACGAUAUUACAUAUGAAACAAUUAAAAAUAUUUAUAAAAAAUUAUCAAACAUUUCCGGUCAGUCAACUUUAGUUCCCGCUUCGUAAAGCCUUAAUAUAUAAUAUUUAUGCGAUGAUUCAAAUAAAAAAUAUCGUCCCCACUUUUUUUACGUAUUUUGCAAUUAAAUGGUAUACGCAUAUUCCUAAAGUAAUAAUGCAAAAAUAAGGAACGUCAAAAUCGUGUGUUUUUACUUGUUAACAUUUAAUUUAAUUAAACAAUUUUGUUCAUAUUACUUUUGAAACAUGUUUAAAUCUAUGCGAGUAAAAAUCGAUACAAGUAAAAAUCUCUUAUCGAGACAUCGAUAAACACUUUCGAUAAGAAACAGUCGAUAGUCGAUAGUUUGUUACGUCUUUCGUACACAGUUGUAUACAGUGUAGUAUAUGCAAAAGAUUGCAAACUCACAUUAAAAGAUAAAAUGUUAAACCGGAGAAGAGAAAACGAUUCAAUUUGUUUUGUGUAAAGAAUGAAUAUCAUGUCUCGAAAAGAAUUAUGGUCUAUUUGCAGCAUUAAAAACGAAUUAGUUAUUUAUUUAAUAGUUCAAUGAAAGGAACGAAAACAUGUAACUGCAUUUAAACAUUUUCAUACUAUUAUGAUAAAAGGAUAAAAUUUAAAACAGUUUUAAAAAGAAGCAUACAAAAUAACAGUACCUUUCAGAAAACGAAACUCUUAUAGCAAUUUUCCAUUAAUACGAAAAUUUUUUAAAAUGUCUAAUUAUCUAUUUAAUGCGGAAUUCAAAUCAAUAAAUCCAACAUCUAUCUUGUUUAAUGUUAUAAUCUUGGAUGAGUGAUACAUCUGUUUGUUAUGUAUGUUGAAAACAUACAAAAACAGUAUAGCGUCAAACAUAACAUUUCAAGGCAUCAAUGUUAUUAAUGCAAUUAUAACACAUGUAUUUAAUGUUAUACUUUUUAUACAUUAUGUUUACAGUUUUUAGUAAAAAGUAAACAAGCGUAUCGUAUUGUGUAAUUUGAAAAUUUCAAAUUUUAUGAAACAAUGUAGAUUUGAAAAUUAUGAUUUUCAUUGUAUGGAAUGCAGUUUUCUGAUCAGUAAUAAUGAACAAAGGAAAUGUAACAAGUGUCAUAAAUUCUGUGACACCAAUGAUGAUGUUUGAUAGCAUUAAAAAUCACACAACUGCUAUGGCAACUAACAUAUCCAAUGAAACAUCAUCCGAAGCAUACAUAUAUUCUACAGAAGAAAGUGGCAAUGCUCAACAGUUAUGGAACAUUUCUAAAGCCACAACAACAUCGCCUAAUAGUACAUCAGUUUUAUUUGAUACAUCAAGCACCAAUGUAUAUAUGUCUACAACAACAGAAACUUUUGAUGAAUUUGGUCCACCAGAUGGAAUAGAAUACAUUUUUGUACCGCUUGGUGUAGUGGUCUUUGUUAUUGUUUUAUCAGCUGUGGUAUGGGUAAUAAUAAUCUCAAGGAAAAGAAAAUUAGAACGUUUAAGGCAUAGACUUAUGCCAAUGUAUAACUUUGACCCUGGAGAAGAAGAAGAAGAUGAUUGGGAAACUGAAUUAUUGGAAGAAUGUUACAGUAAUCAUCAAAGACGCCAAGGAUAUCAAUCUAUGGACACAGAAGAAAAUGCUGAACUUUUCGGAAAUCGUUGACAAAAUAUUUAUAAUAGUCUCUUAAAAAACUUUAUAUUACUUGCAACUUACCAGAUUAAAACUUCAAAUAUUUAUUAGAUUUAUACAUUUAUUUAAUGCUUGAAAAAAACUUGUAUAUAUCUUAAAUUUGAAAGAUAAAAUACAUGUUCAAAAGUUUUGUAUAUAGAAGAUACUUCGCAGUACAUUUAAAUGUCAUAAUUGACUUACAACAGAUGUUGUAUCAGUAUACGUCAUUUACUUCGAUAUUAAACAAAUACAUUUAUGCUUGACAUAAAUAUUUCAUAAUAGAAAAGCAUAGAGACAAACAUGACUAAAGUUUUCUUUUAAUAUUCUUUAAUAUAAUCUAAUUAAUAUUGAUUGUACACGGUUCAUAAGUUUUUUUUUAAUAAAUAUACAGUUCUUAUUACGUGCUUAAAUUUGAAUCAUA